AAUUAUCCAGCGUAGAAUCCCAGCAGUCGGGUUCUGUCGGUUGUAACUGAUAGGUGGCGAUAGGUGGGAUUGUUUAGCUGGAGAAAUUCCUGCUUGGGCUUUUGGAAGGAGAAAGGGGGGCAGGAAAGACCCGGGAUCCUUUGGGGGUGUGAAAGGCAGGGAGGGCAGCAGGGGGGCUGGGCUUUUCUUUUUGGAAAGGGGCAGCCAAGUGUCAGGGGCAGAUCGGGGGUGGGGUGGAGAGAGUGGAGGGAGAGGAGUCGCCCUGAGGGGGUCCUGGGGUGCGAAGAGGAAAGAGCUGGAGAGAACAAGGCAGCCCUAAAGAUGGGCAUCUGUGAUGGUGGCAGGAGUAGGAUCACUCCGUAGUGGUCACCUUCCAGCUCUUAAGGCGCCGUGGCAACCAUCGAGGUAAGGGGGGGGCAUAGCAGCCUUUUAGGGGGCAUGGCUUCCCCUUCAAAGCAAGGCUCCCCUGGUGGGGCAGGGCUCCUGCAAGGAAGCAAGGCAAGAUCCUAUGGCAGCCUGGUGAAGUCCUUGAGUUCCCCGGCACGGGAGAGGCGGAUUGAGCAUUGCCUGGAACCCGGAGACACUUUGCCUGGGCUGGCGGUGAAGUAUGGGGUCACGACGGAGCAGAUCAAGAGGGCAAAUCGGCUGUACACCAACGAUUCCAUUUUCCUGAAGAAGACCCUCUACAUCCCAGUCCCGGUGGAGCCCAAGGAGCUAACCAAUGGAUUGAACUUUGAGGAGGAAGAAGAGGAGACGGUGGAGGAAGAGGCAGGGGGUGUCCAGCCCGAGAACGCCAAGCGGCAAAAGCCCCAGCGGAAGAACGGGGCCUCGGCCUCUGCCCCCAAACACGACCUCUCGGCUGCCGAUUUCCUCUUCAAGCUGGACUCUGAGAUCCGCCGCUCCAAGCAGGCUGCCACCAAGAAACUGCGGGAGGGAGACAGCGUGGUUCCUGAGAAUGAGCCAGGAUCAAGCCCUGCCCCCUCCUCCUACCAGAAUGAACCUUCUCCUCAAACCCAGCAGCGCGCAGUCCUGGGGCCGGUGCCGCUCACCAAAAUUGCCCGCGCCAACAGCCUCCGGGAUCAAGAGGACGAAAUCUUUAAGCUUUGAUGUCUGCCGCUCCCCCCUCUCUGUCCAACGGUCUCUGGGACUCCGGGGGCAUCGUGUCUGCCUUUAGUGAAGCUCCCCCCUCCCCGAUGUUCCUCCCGCUGCCCCCGCCCCGAGGGCAUCAGGCCUCUGGAAAGGGUCACAGAGUACCUGAAUACUCUCUUGGGUGUUCAGGUGGCACUCGCAAGGGCACAGGUGGGUUCCAAAGAGCAGCGAGAGCGUGCCCGUGGGAGAAAACUGGCCCGCUGAUCGUCAUAUUGGAUGAGGUUGGUGUCUCCCGGGACACUGACUGGACCCUUCUGUGAGCUCCGGAGAGGCUGUUUCAGAUUUUUUGUGUCCUUUUCCUUCUGUGCAUUGAAUUUUGUGUGUUCUAUUUAUUGCCUCUGUAACCCAAGUGCUUUCUGACCCUUCCGGGCUUCUGUCUUUGUCUGUCCUGAAGCCCACGAAGGGAUGUCCCACAAACUUCCCAGGCCAGCCGCAGAUGUGGUGGGGAGAUCAGCUUUUAUCACAACUGGGUGGGCAUGUCGGAAAUAGGAAAAACAGCCCUCUGUUCUUAAGAUCUGAGUUGGGAAGGGGGGGGGGAUGUUGCGGCAAGAUGCCGACAUCAUUUGUAAGGUGCUCAGGUGGACUCUGGGCAGAGGGAAUGGGUGGGUGCCGCUGUCUUCUGACUGGAGACUCUCCCACCUCUUGGUCCCCGUGUGGUUUCCAUCCACCUGGGGACACUGUUGUGGGUGCCCAGGAAUGCUUGCGCCGCUCACCCUGUGAUUAAACGACCAGCGAGUUUUGCUGACUUAGGCGGCUGUUUUUCUCUUUGCUUUGGAGUUUGUUUAUUCCCCCACCCUGCUAUGUCAGAAGGUCUCUUAAAUUGACAACACUGCUCAGGGGCUGUGAGAAAGAUUUACUAAAUAAUUGUAGGAUCUUUUGGCCUUUCUGCUGAGGAGCAAAACAAAAAAGGUGCAGUAGGAAGAAAAAUUAUUUUAUUGUUAUACUGCCCCAUUUUUCGUUUUGGUCUUUUUUUUUUUUGCUCCGUCUUUGGUGUGGCCCUCUUCUCCUGUAUCUUCCUGUUGAGGAGCCUGCCUGUUGUGUCCCUGUGUGAUUUGCUGCCUUGCCUUCUCCCAUUCACCUGCUAUGUGGGGGUGGAUAAUUCUAUCAUACCCUUGCUUUGAGUGGGAUUGGUUAAUUGUCAUUCUCAGGCAAAGAAGGGGCAACGAUAAAUUGUCCUUGGAGAAGGCAGCCUGCUGUGUCUCUGUAUAAGUCACUGUUCUGGCUUUGCCUGUUGAGAUAAAACCAGAAGAGUGAACUCGUGCAGAAUUACAGGAGGCAAGCUUCUCUGCAGGUAGUUUUAUGGUCACUGAAUCUAAAUCGUUUGGGGCAGAAAAGUGAAAUGAGCCUCUAAUUUAAUCUAGAAUAAAAGUGCU